GGAUACGGGCCACCGUUGGCUCGGCUCCAGCGCCAUCCCCGUCGUCCCGUCUGGUCGCCUAUGUCCAUGGCUAACCACUUGGGAGCUGAGCAGCUCGACGACGCACGCAGCAGCUGUGUUCGGCAAACCCGGCCUAGAAGAUAACAGGAGCUCUGGCCCGGCGCCGCGCGUAUAUAUUACACAACUACACCAGAGACGCGAGCGCGGCCGCAAGGUCCUAGGCGUUGCGUGCGUGGUUGCUUCACCGGCCGGCCGGCCGGCAGGAAAACAUCACGAUCAGCGAUUCGGCGUCGUAGCUAGCUAGCUAGCCACACCCAGUCAGAUCAAUCAUUGGCUUAGCUUGACAGGCUCGCUCAGUUAUUUCUUCAGCUUCUCGAUCAGUGUCGUCGUUGGAGAAUCAACGAUGACCAAGUACAAGAUUGUGAUCAAGGUGACCAUGCCGAACGCCAAGAGCCGUGUCCGGGCCAUGGUGGUGGCCGCAAAAACGAACGGAUAUGCGUCUACACAUGCAGGGGUGAUCUCGAUAGCAAUCGCCGGCGACCUCAAGGACCGGCUCGAGGUGGUCGGCGAGGGCAUCGACAUCACCUGCCUCGUCCACUGCCUGCGCAAGAAGCUCCGCCACGCCGAGGUCCUGAAGGUGGAAGAAGUCAAGGACAAGCCGCCGGAGAAGAAGAAGCCGCCGGAGCCCUGCGCGUGCCCGGCGCCGAGCCCGUGCGCGGCUUAUCUCCACACGCCGCUGGUUUUCAGCUGCGAGCAGGCGGAGUCGCCGGCAUUCGGUUGCAACAUCAUGUGAAGCUAGCGACUAGUAGUCCACCGUCUCUCCCCCAGGCCCAGGGUUGCUGCUCCUAUAUCUUCCUCACAAAUGGGUGGCUAAAAUGGCCCUGCAGAUUCCGACCUCCGAAGCUCGCUCUCACGGCCGCCUACGCUCAACCCAACCUGCGAGCCGACAGCCGAGCAGCAUGCCUGACCCGGCGGCAUUACUGGUCCCACAUCGCCCGCGCAGGUGGGGUUGCCGUCGGAUAUAGGGCGCGCGAUCCGGAGGCGCCUCUCGCCGCGCGGCAAGAAUUGUCUAGCCGCCCCUUGAUCAUUCACCAUUGGUCUCCACAACCAGUUAGUAGAACUCGGCACCGAGUUCUGCUGGCGUACCCAGUCUGAGAUAAGGGAGGGACGGAGGGUAGUAGGUGAUAGAU